AUGUCGACGACCGUGGAAAAGAUCAAGGAGGUGGAGAACGAGAUGGCCCGGACGCAGAAGAACAAGGCCACCUCGUACCAUCUCGGCCAGCUCAAAGCCAAGCUCGCGAAGCUGAAGCGUGAGCUAUUGAUGCCCAGCUCGGGCGGUGGAGGCGGUGGUGCGGGAUUCGACGUUGCUCGCACGGGUGUCGCCAGUAUCGGAUUCAUCGGCUUCCCCUCCGUCGGCAAGAGUACGCUCAUGAGCCGCCUGACCGGCCAGCACUCCGAGGCUGCCGCCUACGAAUUCACCACCUUGACGAGUGUGCCCGGCCAGGUCACGUACAACGGGGCCCCGCUGCAAAUGAUUGACCUGCCUGGUAUCAUUGAGGGUGCCAAAGACGGCCGCGGUCGCGGUCGGCAGGUCAUUGCGGUGGCCAAGACGUGCCAUCUUAUUUUCAUUGUGCUCGACGUCAACAAGCCGCUCACCGACAAGCGCGUCAUCGAGCAGGAGCUCGAGGGCUUCGGCAUCCGCAUCAACAAGCAGCCGCCCAACAUUACGUUCAAGAAGAAGGACAAGGGCGGCCUCAACAUUACCAACACCGUGCCCCUGACGCACAUUGACAACGACGAGAUCCGCGCCGUCAUGAGCGAAUACCGCAUCAACUCGGCCGACAUUACCAUCCGAUGCGACGCGACCGUCGACGACCUGAUUGAUGUGCUCGAGGCGCGCAGCCGCAGCUACAUCCCCGUCAUCUACGUGCUCAACAAGAUAGACGCCAUCACCAUCGAGGAGCUAGACCUGCUCUACCGGAUCCCCAACGCCGUGCCCAUCAGCUCUGAGCACGGCUGGAACGUUGACGAGCUGAUGGAAGCGAUGUGGGAGAAGCUUAGCCUGGUUCGCGUGUACACGAAGCCCAAGGGCAAGCUGCCCGACUACUCGUCGCCGGUUGUGUUGCGUGCCAACAAGUGCACGGUUGAAGAUUUUUGUAACGCCAUUCACAGAAGCAUACUCGAGCAGUUCAAGACGGCCGUUGUGUACGGCAAGUCGGUCAAGCACCAGCCGCAGCGCGUUGGUCUGUCCCACGAGUUGUGCGACGAGGAUAUUGUGACUAUUGUCAAGCGCUGA